UUAUUAUGGUCUUAUGAUAUUUAUUAAGUUUACUGAUAUCGUUGAGUCUAACAAAACAGUUUAAGAUUUGUAGAUAAAAGAAGAAUAAAAGCGGAAGAAGCCGUGUCAAUCUUAUUAUUAAUUAUUCAAAAAUCUAAAUAGAGCCGAUAAAAAAUGUCUUACGAUGGUGGCUACAAUCCCUAUGGCCAAGGAUAUUCUGCCCCUCCCGGAGCAUAUCCACCACAAAACUCUCAAGUAUCGCCCGAUGCUCAACAAUGGUUUAACAUGGUCGACAGGGAUCGUUCCGGCAAAAUUAAUUGCGAAGAAUUACAGGCGGCUCUCGCUAAUGGAAAGGGGCAAAGUUUUUCCGAAACAGCUUGCAAAUUGAUGAUUAGUAUGUUUGAUAACGACGCAAGCGGUACUAUCGAUAUUUAUGAAUUCGAAAAACUAUUCAACUACAUCAACCAAUGGCUUACUGUUUUUAAAACUUACGAUCGUGAUGGCUCCGGACAUAUAGAUGAAAAUGAAUUGCAACAAGCACUGACGCAAAUGGGUUUCCGCUUCUCUCCGGAGUUUAUAAACUUCCUAAUUAAAAAAAGCGAUCCACAGGGCCAAAAGGAAGUAUCCGUUGAUCAGUUCAUUGUCUUGUGUGUACAGAUACAGCGUUUCACUGAAGCAUUCCGUAUUCGUGAUACUCAACAAAAUGGAACAAUUACAAUAGGCUUUGAGGAUUUCCUGACAGUAGCUAUUGGCAGUUCUAUUUAAGACUAUACAUGUAUAGUAGUCACCAAAAUGCAAAAGGGCGUAAAAAUCGUUUUAUUGGAACAAAUUUUAAUAGUAAAAAAAAAACGUUUCGAAUAUAAAUUUUUUCUCAGCUACCCUAUCAGUAUAAAUUACAUCGAAUAAAAUGUAUGCAGUGUUGAGUCAAUCUUUGAACUUUUUUUACAAACUUAUACAUAAAAAGUGUUCUUAUGUCCUUUUGCAUUUACGAUGGCCAAAUGGUUUUGUUAAACUAAUUGCAACAAUGCUGUGUACUUUAACAAAAUCCUUAAAUGUUUCGCAUGAUAAUAAUUGUAUUAGCAGCUAUACACUUUACAAAUACUUAACAGCUUUAUUUUUUUCAAAAAACACCAUAAUGUUUUAUAUGUAAGCACCUACAUGUAUCUCUGGCAGAUGAACAAUUUUUAAUAGAGUUUUAUUCUUGGAAAUGCAUAAGAUUAGACCACUUUUUGAAAUGUGUAGUUUUUAAAUGGCAUUUGCAAAAAAAUAAAAUUAUCAACUCAUUUUGUAGCUGGAACUGUGUUCAGCUUAGACCAAA